UUUCGUUCGAUACGGUUCUAGAAAACUUAAGUCGAACAAAAUUCCACAUCAAACUUCCGAAAACCUCUGCAACUAACUUCCGAACAUCUCUCAACUAAACCAUAUUUAAGCAAUUUUGUGGUAAUUUUUUCUAGGGUAAAAUUUUGAUCGUGGGUUUUGUUUUGAGUAAGAGAAAAUUAGUUGUACCCCGAAAAUUGGCAUCAUGCAGAGACGUUCAGCAGAGAUUGGUGAGAAGGAUCGCAGAAAAUACAAAGAGGAGACUGUACCUGAUGCUGUAUAUGAUUCUAAAAUGAUUCCCGUGAUUGGAGCACUUGUGUUUGGUUAUUACUUCGGAUUUAUCCUCUCGAGAUUCUAUAUCCAAGAUGAUAUUCAGUCAAUUAAACUGGAAAUUAUACGGACGGGUGUAUUAGGAGCAGUGUUUGGUUCAGUAAUUGGGGGUUGGAUGAGUGACUGUUUUGGUCGAAGAUUUGCACUCUUGUUUGCUGACAAAUUGAUACUCGUUGGUGGACUACUACUCGUAGUGUUUCUAUCUAUUAGUGAUUAUGUUUUUGAUUGUUACUUGGUAACUACUGUUAUGAAGACAAUUAUAGGUUUUGGGGUUGGAAUGACGUCAAUAACCUCCCUUAGUUACAUAUUAGAAGUAGCUUCAACUCAUCCUCUAAAAAACCUACAUAUUUGGAAUUCUACGUAUUUUGCUGUUGGAAAAUUCAUCUUCUUUUGUAUCGAUACCAGAGUUGCUGCUUAUAGUCAGGACCUUAAUAAGACAUCAGAUUAUAUCCUCGCAAUGGCAUUGUUUCCAGCUCUGCUUCAAUUUUUGCUAAUGAAGUCGCUUCCUGAUUCACCUAUAUGGCUAUAUAAAAUGAACCGAAAAGAGGACUCAAUUAAAGCUUUCGGGACAUUUUACACUUCCCGUGAAGUUGAGAAAGAGUUGGAUGCUAUAAGGUUGUCAAUUAAGAAUGAAACAGGUGGUCCAGAUGAAAAACCCUAUUAUGAUAGGAAUAUCUUUUUUAGGAUGAGGACAACAUGGAAUAAUUCAUUAGAACGUAGACAGAUUGUUGUUGGUAUUGGUCUGCAAGUUGCUGAACAGUUUGUGAGUGAGAACACGUUAAUUUAUGUCUUUCCCCGUAUCAUAAGGAUGGGUGGCCUCAUAGCAUCACCAAAUCCUAAAUGGGACAUCUGGUAUAUGAAGUUGACUUUCUUGAUGUGCUAUGGUCUUAAUGGUAUUCAAAGUGCAAGUCUGCCUUACAGAAUUGUAAAACUUUCGAGGAGGAAGAUUUUGCUUAUCAAAUCAUACUGUAUGAUGGUGUGUCUUUUAGGGUUAAGUUUCUUCAUUAUUAUAUCACCUAAUAAUAUUAGAGGAGUGAGUAAUAAACUGGAGACCAUCACGUAUUUCGGUAACAACACAUGUCCGAGUUAUACUUCAGCACCAGAUGCAGAUGCAUGGAACUGUUUCAAAUGCCUUCAAGCAGGAUGCGGAUUCUGUAAUGGUAUUGAUGAAAAUUUCAUGCGUGCACCUAUUGCCUGCUUGGCUGUAGAACCUAUUGGGACAUCACCAUCAUGUUUUCCUGAACAGGGAAUCUGGUUUGCACCAGAUUCCGUCACAAGACAAUGCGAAUUGAAGAUUCCUUAUGGUCCAGCUUUUAUAUUGUUAAUAAUCGGCCUUGUUCCCUACACAUUUGGGUUGGAAUCACAUAUGCGCUCAAGGAUGUCCAAGGUAGAAGUUAGAGGGAGACUUGCUGGGACUGUAGCAGCGACCAACUGGAUCUCCUUCCUCUUGGUGACUGUAUCAUCUUUUACGAUUAAUAAAGAUGGAGGCACUCUAUUCUUAAUGCUCCUCAUCAGUUUGAUUUCUUUCUUUGUUACUCGGUUGAUCAAUUUGUCUUAUUUGUGGGUACCAGAAAUGAAAGGUUCCUCCCAGUCCAAAGUGGAUACUUCCAAAGUCAGUUGAAGGGAUACUCUUGGUACAAAUAUUGUUAUCUUUUAAUGUUUUCCUUUGGUUUAAUUAGGAGAUAGUAUAGGUAGUUUAUUUGUUUGACUUGAUUUUUCUUUUGCUGAGAAUAUUUAUUUAUUUUUUUGCUAACAGUCACGCAUAGUAUGAAUCCCUGAUUUCUGCGCUGGUUUUUUCUUACCGUUAAGAAGUAAGCUUUUUUGGGAGUCCUAUGAUGUUCCUCAUUAGUUUCAUGGUUUUUUCUUCCUUUGUGAUUAAUAUAUACAAACCCCUAACCCGGUGCGUAAUGCGUGUGGUAUACACAUACAAAAACAUUGGACACCAUCAUCUUCCCUUAAUUUGUGAUGACCCAAUGGGUAUUCAUGGUUUGUAUUAACCACAGAGAUGGUUCUUGUAACUUGUCCAUUGUAUAAAUCCACGAUUCGUUUUUUCAGCA